UUAAUUGUGGGAUAAUUAAAGGCCUCCAGGUGUGUUUUCCCCACUCUGGUGAAGGGUGAGGCUCCUUCAUCCCAAAUUGGUCAUGCCUGAGUUCAUCCAGGGCCGAGCUUUGUGUUUGAAAUCUGCUGCCAAGCUGGGAAAUGAGGGCUGGCGUUCAUUUAUGAGGGGGAAAAAGCAGGUCAGCACGUCUGAAAGGUGCUGACAAGCAUAAAGUACCUGGGAUUGUCAAAAAAAGGGGGGAAAAGAGGCUGGGAAUGGAUUUUUAUGCCCACGUAAGCAAAUUGCUGUGCCCGAGGGAGGGAGGUGCUGGGGGCAGGAGGUGCCUGAAUCCAGGAAUUCUCAUUUCCUCAUCAUUUCCCUGCAGGGUUUCACCCUCCAAAUGGGGCUGUGGGAGCAGCUCUGUGCCUUGGGAAAGGGGUUUGGGUCCUUGCAGGGCCCCUCUGAGCAGCUCCAGGGCCAGCUCGGGGUUGGCACAGCGGCAAUCCCAGCCCUGCAGAUUCCAGGCUGGACAAGCUGCAGCAUAAAAGGCAGAAAUAUCAGAAAGUCAGAGCUGAAAAAGCGAAUUACUCCAUUUAAACAGAAUUAUUCCUUUGUCCGCACUCUGCAGCCAAGGUCAGGCUGACCUUUCCUCCUGUAGCUUGGGUUGGGGCCAUCUCAGAGCAGGAAGAGCCUGGGAGGAGAGGGAGUCCUGGAAGGCAGCAGUGAGACCCACAAUGGCCCCAGUGGCACGUGUGAGGCACUGGAUCCCUCUCUGCCCAAAAUAACCUCCCCUUGCCCCGGGGGAACUCAGGCCUGGCACUAUUUUUUCCCCUUUUUCCAGAGGGGUUUAAAUUUCCAUUUUCCUUCUCCAGUGUCUCCUUGUUCAGCAGUCCCAAGGAGCCAAAAAUGCUCAUUGGGAGAGGGCAGGAUCUGCUCCCUUUCCUUGGAAAUUAUGGAUAUUUUAAAUGUCCACCUUCCCUCCCUGGUGUCUCAUUCAGCAGUCCCAAGGAGCCGCCAAAGUGCUCAUGGGGAGAGGGCAGGAUCUGCCCCUUUUCUCUGGAAACUGUGGAUAUUUUGGUGGUUUAUUGCAGCUGAGUUCUUUGUGGGGUGAGAAGGGUUGCUAUGAAUUUUAUCUGGCACCCCUAAAAAUCCAUUUACACCUUAAAGGAAGGAAAUGGCACCAGGAUCCUGGGAAUGCCCUUUUCCUGGGAACUGGGAGAGGAAUUUCAGCUGGGGGUGGGUCGCUCCCUAACCCUGUGCUGUAUCACCGGGAUAUUUCCCUUUUUUGACGUUUUUCCUCUGUUUUUUGGGUUGCAUUCAGGAGCUGGAGCUCUGCUGGCCCCGCGGCAGUGUGACUGGUAUGGGUAAUGGUGUGAGAGAAGCUCCAGUGGAAUUCCAGAGGGAUGUGGAGCCCGGCCCAGCCUGGAUUCCUGCAGAGGACAACCAGGAGAAGAAGAAAGUGCUGAACUCGCUGAUGUCCGGGGCUCUGGCUGGGGCUGUGGCUAAAACUGCAGUGGCUCCUCUGGACAGGACAAAAAUCAUGUUCCAAGUGUCUUCAAAAAGAUUUUCUGCCAAGGAAGCGUACAGGCUGAUCUAUCACACCUACCUCAAUGAGGGCUUCUGGAGCCUCUGGAGGGGGAACUCGGCCACCAUGGUGCGGGUGAUCCCCUACGCCGCCAUCCAGUUCUGCGCCCACGAGGAGUACAAGCAGAUCCUGGGCAACUACUACGGAUUCCAGGGAAAGGCACUGACGCCGUUCCCUCGCUUCAUUGCCGGCUCCCUGGCUGGCACCACGGCUGCCAUGCUCACCUACCCCCUGGACAUGGUCCGUGCCCGCAUGGCUGUCACGCCCAAGGAGAUGUCUGCUCUCCCCGUGUCCCCACGGCAGGUACAGCAGCAUUGUGCACGUCUUCAUCCGCAUAUCCCGCGAGGAGGGGCUGAAAACCUUGUACAGGGGCUUCACUCCCACCAUCCUGGGCGUCAUCCCCUACGCUGGCCUCAGCUUCUUCACCUACGAGACACUGAAGAAAGUGCACGCAGAGCACAGCGGGAGGGCGCAGCCCUCGCCCCCGGAGCGGCUGCUGUUCGGGGCGUGCGCCGGCCUCAUCGGGCAGUCGGCCUCGUACCCGCUGGACGUGGUGCGGCGCCGCAUGCAGACGGCCGGCGUGCUGGGCCACACCUACAGCUCCAUCCUGCGCACCAUGCAGGACAUCGUGCGCGAGGAGGGACUCGUCAGGGGCCUCUACAAGGGGCUCAGCAUGAACUGGGUCAAGGGCCCCAUCGCCGUGGGCAUCAGCUUCACCACCUUCGACCUGACGCAGAUCCUGCUCCGCAAGCUGCAGCACGGCCCCGGCCUCGAGAGGUAGUGGCUUCCUGCAGAGAGAGCAGUUCCUUCUUCCCUGGCCUCCCACGUGCUCCUGCAGCUGGGAACUCGCCCGUUUGGUGGGGUUUUUCCCCUGUUGUUCCCGGAUUGGUUUUUUUUUUCCCUUUUUAAUUUGGAAGCCUAACCGUUCCCCGAGUGAGAAAUUCCCGAUUCUGCAGAGCUGAGUCCUCCCAAGCAGCUGCCUCAGCCUUCUGCUGGACUCUGCCCCAGGAGUGGAGCCUCCCGCCCGCCUGUGCUGCUCCUGGCUCCUCACCUGGCUCCCCGUGGGCACAUGGAGGCGGUGGAUGGUGGCAGAGGGGGCUCGCAGCUGUUGGGAAGGAGCCCCUGGGUCUGGGAAGGGGCAGUGCUGUAGCUCCCUACUCUCUGCCAAGUGCAAUACCCCAGUGUAGGCCGUAGGGAAUUGCAGAUUCCCCUGGGCUGUGAGAGCAGGCCCAGGACACUACACUUGUUCUGAAAGCUGAAUGUUUCCUCUGGCUGGGAAUGCUGCCCUCUCCCCGUUGCUUUUGGGUUGCGCUGCAUCGAUGUCCCUCGUUUGUGGUGUCCCUCUGAGAUUACCAAAGACUGGAGGCACAGAGGAGGGCAGUUCUGGCCCUUCCAUAAAGGAGAUCUCCUCUGUGUGCUGUCGGCGUCGCCGGGCAGGGGCUGUGCCUGGAUUGCAGACUGGAUGCGCUCCAGCUGAUCUGUGUUUUCCGUGCGUGCCCUGCCCUGCAGAGGCAGCGUUUUCCAGGGCUGCAGCACUGAGGGAGGAGCUGUUCACCCUGCAAACCCCCCAGUGUGUGUCUCGUUCAGUGUCACCGCUGCUCUGUGCGCCUGGCAGAGCAAACCCUGCUGCAGCCCGGGCUGUCCCCAGCAGAGCUGUCCUGGUGUCCCUUGUGGUACCUGCUGUGUAGGUCCUGGCGCCUCUGCUCACCGACUCAUCCCCUCAGCUGCUUCAGCCCUGAAAUCCCCUCGGAGUUUAACCCUGCCGUGCCAAUCACUUCCAGCUGGGAUUAAUCUCUCCCUGUUCCUCUUUCCAAUCAGUUUUCAGGGAAAUGCAGAUUUUUUUUUUUUGGUGGGGUGAUCCAUCCCUCUGUUAAAUUCGGAGGUCAGACCACACUUCAGGCUCCUCUGAUGAUAGAUUACACAAACCAAGGUGGAAAAAUCCCUUUUUUCAGAGAGAGUCCAUAAUGUGAGAAAAAGAUAAGAUUUACCUUCCAGCCUGUCCUUUCCUGUUUGUUGUGUACUUGAGCUGGAUGGGAUGGGUGGCAGUGGAAGGAAUUGCACAAGGGGGCAGGAGCAGCCUUCUCCUUUCCUUUUUGUCUUUGCACUUCUUGGGAGCACGGAGCUGCUCCCGAUGCCAAAUGUUUCCUUAGCAAUCAGGGGGUGUGGGCACGCAGCGUGUUCCCAGCGCUGGAAGGGGCACACUGGAACUGGCAUUUAUUUUAUCCGGGCGACACAUUCCCUGAUUUCCCCGGGAAUUGAAGGUCCCUGGGCCUUUGGGAGGUGGCGGCCACGAGUUCUGUGUCGUUGUCUGGGGGCUGUGGAGAACUCCCGGCUCUGCUUUCCCCUGCUCAGGCCCCCAUUUCUUUUCUCCAAUGGAGAAGCCAAUUUACCCUGCUCUAGUCCUGAUCCAGAGGGAGGAACUCCCACCAGUGCUUGUGUCCUGUCCCUCCUGGUCCCCUCCCCGCUGGGAAAAGCAAGGAUUCCAGGAGCCCUUCUUUAAUUAGCAGCUGCGCCUGAUUGAAAUUCGGAAUUUCAGCCAAUUUCCCCACAAGUUUUGCAGGCUGGGUGUUUGUCCUUGAGUUCAGCCUCUGAUGGUUUUGGUGCUUUUGUUUCUCAGAGCCUGUUGCUGCUUUGGGUUGGUUUAAAAAGCUUUUUUUUUUUUUUUUUUUUUUUCCUUUUUUUCCCUCUUUUUUGAAUGUAGAAAAGGGGAAACAGAGUGUUCCCUUCCCUUCUCUUCUUCCCUGCAUGGAUUCACACACGUUCCAGAUUUUUUCUGAGGUGUGCUGGCCAGGGAGAGCUCUGAGAAAGGAAACAACUCAAAACAGGAGUUUUUCCCUUUUUCCCCCUUUUUUCCUUUCCUGCAAUUCCCUAAUUUUCCACUUUAUUCCUCUCAAAUUUAAUUUCCCACUCCCCUUUAUCACGGGUCCUUAAAGCAUCACCACCAAAUCUGUGCUUUUUGUUUUUCCUUCCCUCUCCCCCCUCCUGCUUCUUCCUGCACCUUGAGCCCCGCACUGGCACUUCGAGAAAACCAGGUCCAGAAAAAUGCACCCAAAUCGUCAAAAUUGCAGCUUUUUAGCGUUUUCCCAACAGCCCAAGCACGUUUUCCCCUCACAGCCUGGAUGCUCCAGGAACUCCAGGCACCAUGGGAUGGUUUGGGGGAACCUUCUGAGCUCCUUGGCUGGUUUGGGAUCUUCACUUUGUACCUUCUAGGGGCUGAUUGCCCCCUUUUGUUCACCUUUUUUUCCCCUUUUUUCCUCUUUUUCCCCCUUUUUUCCUAUUUUUCCCCCCUUUUCUGUUUCCCCCCUUUUCUUUUUCCCCCUUUUCUUUCCCCCUUUUUUUCCCCCUUCCUUUUUUCCCCCCAUUUCCCCCCAAAAUCACCACGAGCUGCAGGGUGUCCCAGCACCGGUCACUGCCUGUGUGGUCUAUGCAUCUGUUAAUUAAUGAAUUAGCACAAACACUGUUAAUUGCCUUUUUUCCCGUGCCCUCACCAUCCACGUGUGCGUGUCGGUUUUGACGGCUUUUCUUGGAUCUGGAUUCUAUUUUAUUGCAGUGAAGACACUUUGUUAUAUAAUGUUUAUAUAUUUUAAGAUUUGUGCCAAGAGAGGAUGUAUAUUUAAUAAAAAAUAUGAUUGAC